AUGUCCGCGUGUCUGUGCGCUGUGUGUAUGCUGAUCAGCCUGACCGUGGUUCCACUUGUCAGUCCGUCAGUCUGUCUGUCUGCCGGCCUGACAGCAUGGCGAACUGCCCUACAUCGCUGCUUUCUUGUCAUUCUCUCUUGCCUCAACAAUCUUGAGGGAGUUGAGUUUAAGUGUCAAACGCGAGUAAGACGUGCUAUGCGGUCCGGUGGCUGCUGCAAGUCGUCACACCAACGGGAUGGCGUGCGAAGUUGCCUUCAGAAACGCGCACAAACCGACUUAAGACCGACUGACAGAAACACCCACCACGCAUAUGCACACAAAUAUAUUGUAUGUGUACGUAUGUAUAUAUUUUUAUGUGAGCGCCAAUGCACAACAGUGGAUAACGGAAGUUGUGCACGUGUGUGUCCCGGAGGGUGGAAGCGGAGCCGCGAGUUCGAGUCGAGAGUGGCCCGUGAAAGAGGGCCGAAAUGCAACGCCUCUGUGCCCGUGCACUCCUGCCCGGGAGCACAGUUCACAUUGGUACAGGUCUACACACACACAUGCACACACAGACAAAGGGAAGAGAGAGAAUGCUCUGUCUCGUGA